AUGGACAAGCAACUCGACUGGGAGACGCCAAGGAGCCGCCGCCAACCACUCUCAUCGUCCUCUUUCCUUUCCGUCCUUCCCAGUCCUCCGUGUCCCCUUCACCGCCUGAACGGGGGACUUGCUCCUCCCAUCACCAUCAUGCGCUUCUGCAGCGCUCCCGCUCUGAACUAUUAG